UCCUGGACAGCUGAUAGCAGUGGACACUCGUCCGAACACCUGAAACACUCUCACACACAGGCCUGACCUAAUGGAGGCGCUGUUGUCCUUCCUGUUCUCCCCCCUGAGCACAGCGGGCCUGGUGUCUGUGUUCACCCUGUUUGGAGCCGCACUGUUCUACCUCAACACCCGACCCACUCCCAUUAGGCCCCCCAUAGACCUCAACCAGCAGACCAUAGGCAUCAAGGAUGGAGCCCGGAGAAGCGUCCUGAUGAAGGAUGACAGCCUGGUGUCCUAUCACUAUGACGACACCCGCACACUCUACGACGCCUUCCAGAAGGGCUUAAAGCUGUCAGGGAAUGGACCAUGUCUGGGCUGGAGGACCAAAGGGAAGCCUUACCAGUGGCUCAAAUACAAACAGGUGUCGGACCGGGCGGAACACCUGGGUUCUGGUCUCCUCCACCGAGGCCUGAAGCCCCAACCUGAUCAGUUCAUCGGCAUCUUCGCUCAGAACCGUCCUGAAUGGAUCAUCUGUGAGCAGGCCUGCUACACGUACUCCAUGGUGGCUGUGCCGCUGUACGAUACGCUGGGCCCAGAGGCGCUCGUCUACAUCAUUAACAGAGCGGACAUCUCGGUGGUGCUGUGUGAUAAGCCGGUCAAGGUGGAGACUCUGCUGGAGAACUGUGAGAAGAAGCUGACCCCUGGGCUUAAGCACAUCAUCGUCAUGGACACCUUUGACGCCGCCCUGGUGGAGAGAGGCAGCAAGUGCAGCGUGGACGUGCUCUCUAUGGCAGAGGUGGAGACAAUGGGGAGAGACAACUUGCAGAAACCAGUGCCACCCAAACCUGAUGACAUCAGCAUUGUCUGCUUCACCAGUGGCACCACAGGGGACCCUAAGGGAGCCAUGCUGACCCAUGAGAAUGUGUUGUCAGAUGCAGCAGCUGUCAUCAAGGUUCUGGAGUCGACCUACACCCCCAGCCCAGAGGAUACAUCCAUCUCCUUCUUGCCUUUGGCCCACAUGUUUGAAAGAGUUGUACAGACGGUGAUAUUCCACGUAGGAGGACGCGUUGGCUUCUUCCAGGGAGACAUCAGACUGCUGCCCGACGACAUGAAAACACUCCAGCCUACAAUCUUCCCUGUGGUGCCACGACUGCUCAAUAGGGUCUAUGACAAGGUCCAGAGUGGAGCGCAGUCUCCAUUCAAGAAGUGGCUGCUGAACUUUGCUGUGGAGCGGAAGUUUGCGGAGGUCAAGCAGGGCAUCAUGAGAAACAACAGCAUCUGGGACCGCCUCAUCUUCCACAAAGUGCAGGAGUCUCUGGGAGGUCGCGUGCGUAUCAUGGUAACUGGAGCUGCCCCGAUCUCUCCCUCCGUGCUCAACUUCCUCAGAGCCUGUCUGGGCUGUCAGAUCUUUGAGGCCUAUGGUCAGACAGAGUGCACGGCAGGCUGCACCUUCACUGUACCUGGAGACUGGACCUCAGGCCAUGUGGGUGCUCCCAUCCCCUGUAACGUGGUGAAGCUGGUGGAUGUUGAGGAGAUGAACUACUUUGCCUCCAACGGAGAGGGAGAGGUGUGUGUGAAGGGUAAGAACGUGUUCGUGGGCUACCUGAAGGACCCUGAGCGGACCGCGGAGGCGCUAGACCCAGACGGCUGGCUCCACACGGGAGACAUCGGGAAAUGGCUGCCGAGUGGCGUUCUGAAGAUCAUCGAUCGUAAGAAGAACAUCUUUAAGCUGGCGCAGGGCGAGUACAUCGCUCCCGAGAAGAUCGAGAACGUCUACGUGCGCAGCAGCCCUGUUGCACAGGUGUUUGUGCACGGGGACAGCCUACAGUCUUGCCUGGUGGGAGUUGUGGUACCGGACCCAGAGGUUCUGCCGGGCUUCGCAGAUAAAUUGGGGGUCAGCGGAUCAUUGGAGGACCUGUGUAAUAACCAGGAAGUGAAAAAGGCCAUCCUAUCAGAUCUCAUGCGGCUUGGAAGGGAGGCGGGCCUGAAGUCUUUUGAGCAGGUGAAAGACCUGCACCUGCACCCGGACCAGUUCACCAUCGAGAACGGCCUGCUGACGCCGACCCUGAAGGCCAAGCGAGCUGACCUCACCAAGUUCUUCAAGCCCCAGAUCGACAGCCUGUACGCUCGCCUGCAGUAACGCCAGAACCCUCACCGACCAACACCCACGCCUCUGCCCUCACUAUAUUACUGUAUAAACAAAUAAACACUUUUAGACAAACA